UCAGAGUAUGACAAUGUGGAGAGUGAUCGCGAUAUGCUGCCGCCAGGACGAAAGGUCUCUGCUGUGAUCCCCGACAGAGUUGAAUUCCUUUCUCCCGUCCGAGACACAAAUGGCUAUUGGCAGUCGCCAGUCGGCUCUCAUGACGCUGUCGAAGCUGAGCUAACCAAUAUCCGUUUGUCAAGACAACCUGACAAGAAUGCAUCUUCGUCGCCAUGCCAUCCAAUUCCACAGCAACAGCAACAACAUCAGCAGUAUUCGACUUCCCGACCGAGCCCUGUUGGGCAAGCUGAUCUCGACUCGGCCAGACUUUGUUCUGAGAAUCAAGGGCCCAAGCUAAAGUCGCGAAAGAUGAAGCAACGUAUGCUGGAUGUAGCAGCUAGACAGGCGCAUCCGCCUUCCUCGAGGCUUGUCACCAUGCCAUCCGAUGCUCCUGUCAAAGAACGUCCGGAGAGACGUCGAUCUGUCCCGAAAGUUGGAAAUGCCGAGCGAACCGGUGGACUUCCGGCUACUCGAUUGAAACAGCUUGUCACGGCUCAUUUCGACGCCGAGAUUGCAGCAGAAGCGAGGCGCAUCUGCCGCCAGUUCCGCAUGGUAGACUGGCUUCCUUUGGGUCAAGGUUGGUUCCCUUUUGGCCCGUCUGCUCUCUCGUCAGAUCGACGUGGUUGA